AUGAGCAGCAGCAAUAUACCUUUAGAGGGUCGUACACGUUUACCUGGUAAAAUACAAGAUUGCAUCCAAGAUUGCGGUCUGAUUAUUUCUCAUGUAAAGACUGCAUCUCAUUCAAAUGAGCUUCUUUCAAUGGCUAUCAAGAAUUUUGCCUCGUUAGAUUCAACAAUUGAGCAAUCAUCCAAGAAUUUGCGGAAAUUGGAUGCCUUAUUGAAUACAGCAGAUGUUCCGUAUAUGCCAGUAGAUGAUAGUAAAUGA